AUUUAUGAUAGCGGAGCCUGUUCUGCAAAACGCGAUAACACUUUUCAUUGUUCAAUCGCUCUUUACCAAAUGCCGAGUCUACCCAAACACAGCUGAUGUCAUUUUCGAUGGAACUUUGUCGGCAACUGUCAAGUUGUACGUAUACAGCACGGGAACUGAAUCAAGCCCUGGAUUUCCUCAUACGGCAAUGACGACUGUACACGAGUCAGGGAUGGCUGUCCCAGGGUCUGGUAUAUAAUCUAAUCUAUCACAUCGCUAGGAGUCCCUCAGGCUUUCAACGUUCGACGACAAAGGCCGUUCCACUCGCUUCUACGACAUUCCUCAUCUUCCUGUCCCUAUCUCAAGUCAGACUAACGGUCAAACAGAAUCCGUUCACGAACUACAUCCUUUCCCUACUAUCAUGAGUACAAUUGCCUACCAAGCACGCUUGGCCGCCCGGUCUUCAGGCGGACAGAAAAAGAAGUCUCCUCGCCACGAUAGUUCUCCGCCAAAGCACGUGGAAGAGCUUAUCUCACAAACCUACCAUCCCCCUGUGUUGGCAAGAGCUCACGCUCACCAGUUCAUUCAGAGUCAGGGGGGUGACUCGAGUGCUACUGCGCUCCGCGCAGCUGCGGAUCCUCCUGUAUCUAAUCACUUUGCUGGCCAGGGUGCUUACCGGGCCCGGAUCUUUGAACGAGAUCAGAGCAUUGCGCAGUUCUCGAAUAUCGCUCGUGCGCUUUGGCUGUGCCGCUGCGCAUGA